CAAACAGUGUUUGCAUUCAAUUAAUUGUGUUUUUCAUAAUUUGGUUGUUUUUGUUGUGUUUUUGAUGUGUUGUUUGACUCAAUGCUGUGGAAAAUGUCCAACAGUUUAGUGCUGAAGAUUAUCUCGUCGUCCAUCAAUAUCUCAAAACAGGCCGGAGUUAUAGUACGGGAUGUGAUGAAGACCGGGGAACUCGCCGUUGUCGACAAAGGAAUCAAUGAUCUCCAGACAGAAGCCGAUAGGAGAGCCCAGAACUGUAUUAUCACUUCGCUGUCCAAACAGUUCCCGAAGAUAGCGAUCAUCGGUGAAGAGACUUUAGACCCGAACGAUAAGAUCGACGACAAGUGGAUUGUCAGCACUUUUGACGAAUCGGUAUUCGCACACAAGUGUCCCGACGAUUGGCUUAAUGUUGCCGAUGAAGACAUAGUCGUAUGGGUGGACCCAUUAGACGGCACGAGCGAAUAUACUCAGGGACUUCUCGAUCACGUGACUGUUCUAAUCGGUGUAUCAGUGAAAGGCCACGCCAUCGGUGGUAUUAUUCAUCAGCCAUUCUAUAACUAUAAGGAAGAGACCGAUUACUCGAAGUUGGGUCGAACCAUAUGGGGUUUGGUAGGGUUGGGUGCGUUCGGUUUCCAACACAAACAGCCGCCCGAAGGCAAGGUUAUAGUGACGACCACUCGAUCGCAUAGCAGUCCUACCAUUAACGCCGCCAUCGAAGCCAUUAAGCCGGACGAAGUGCUUCGUGUGGGCGGCGCCGGACAUAAAGUGCUUUUGGUUAUCGAAGGCAAAGCACACGCCUAUGUCUUCCCGAGCCGUGGCUGCAAGAAGUGGGACACCUGUGCGCCGGAGGGUGUGCUCAACGCUCUGGGCGGUCGACUCACGGAUGUGUUCGGCAACGAUCUUCGCUAUGAACGCGACGUCAACCACACGAACGAGUUGGGCGUUUUGGCCACACACGACGCCAUCACCGCUCACUCCUUCUUCUUGUCCAAGUUUUCCGAUGACGUGAAGGCAUCCCUUCUUUCAGCACAAAAGUCUAAUUAA